AUGGUUGGUUCUAAAAAGAUGUCAUCUGAUAUACUAACUGAUUUCAAUUCAGAAACAAUUAAAACAAAAGUUAAAAGUCGAAAAGUAAUUGUUGAAGCUAAAAAAGAAGAUCGUGAACCAGAUGGUGAUUAUAAUAUUCGAGAACUACGAAAAACAUAUGAAUUACCUGAAAAUGGUAGUAAAUUUAAUACGUUUAGCUUCAUAUAUGUAACUCCAAAUAAUAUGCUUGUCAUUGAAGUACCUAUUCAUAAUCCAGAAACAAAAUAUCGUGUUGCUCAAGCAAAGACUGUUAAUCAAAGUUUAGCACAAUUUGGACAAUAUCGUGAUCCUUUAUUUGAUUAUGUUGGAUUUUUGGCUGGUUCAAAUUUUCAACCAUGUAUUGUUGAUAAAGGUAAUAAUCAAAAACAGCUUGAAAUGUCAAUUGGAAUGAAGAAUUAUCGACCAGAUGAAAUAAAAGUAUCAGUCAAAAAUAAUAAAUUAAUUGUUCAAGGCAAACAUCAACAUAAAGAUAAGAAUCGUUCAGAACGAUCUUUCUUCUUUAAAUCAACAACAUUACCAUCUGGUACACAAAUCGAUCAAUUACAAACAAGUUUAACUGAUGAUGGACAAUUAAAAAUUGAAGCUUCUUAUAUUGAACAAAAAGAAGCUACAAAAUCAAUUGAAAAUCAGAAAAAAUAA